ACAGCUUACAUAAUUAUUAAUUAAUAUACAAUAUCUAUAAAAGAAUACAAAAGCAACUCAAACCUACCAAUCCAGGUAUGAAGUGGAUAUGUAUGACUAUGACGCUGACACAUAAUCAACGAACCAGUGCAGCAUAUGCUGUCAACACCGUAUAAAAAUUCUUCAACUUCAACGGCUCCUAAACUCUUUGCUUAGUCAAUCCCGAAAAUGCCCUCACUAAACAGUAAAAUAAACAAUCGUCAUUCAUCAACUAACGUCACAAAAAUAAUGAAACCAGUUGUAUGGUGGGCGAUGACUAAGUCGCUGAUAAGUGUGAAUGAUUAGGGUUAGGAUUCAAUUGUAUUCCAUAUAUUAAUAUUAGACACUGUAUUGGAUUAUUAUGCACUUCCACUGAAACUAGAAGAACACAGUAAUAGUUUAUGCACGGUUCUGGCAUGUCCAAUUCGCAACACACGGUGCUUGAUUCAACCGGCGACGGUGAAGAGAGGUCAAACUCUCUCUUUGCGAACACCCGCUGCAGCUUCUGCUUCCCCUGCUGUUUCGGUUCUUCCCGUCAUUCGGCUACGGUUGGGUUAGCGUGGUGGGAGCGCGUGCGAGCUCGUUCAUGGUCUGAGUCUCACUCUCAGGCGCUUCCAGUAACCGAGAGCGCCGGUGACCAGUGGUGGUCGCGGGGUUUGAGAGGCCUUAUGAAAUUGCGCGAGUGGUCGGAGAUAGUGGCGGGGCCACGCUGGAAAACGUUCAUUCGGCGGUUCAACCGGAACCGAAGUGGCAGUUCACGGCACGUGAGGAAAUACCAAUACGAUCCCUUGAGUUACGCCUUGAACUUCGACGAGGGUCCGGGGCAGAACGGGGAUUUUGAAGAUGACGCUUAUGACGCGCAUCGCAAUUUCUCCACACGUUACGCUGCAUCUCCUCCUUUUAAGUCCGUUUCCACUGGUUCGAACCAAGACGUCGCCGUUUUUAGCUAAGAAGAACGAGGAAUUGCCUGACUGCACUUAUUUUGGGAGUUUUGCUCCGGCGAACAAGCAAGUGCAGUUUAUUAUGUAUUUUAUCAUAAUAUCAAUAGCUUAUUUUUUGAUUGAUUAUACCAUUUUAAUUUUCUUUUUUCUUUUCUAUUUUUUACUUUUACAGAAGAGUUUUUUUUAUAUAGAUUUUUAGUAUUUUUUUUUUCCCUUCUUUCUUAUUUCUUUUAAUGUAAGUUUAUCUUUUUCUCUUUAGGUGUAAAUAUGAUAAAUGAGUGUUUUAAAAUACUUUUGUUCUUAAUUAGUGUUUUUAGUACGCUAAAGUUAACAUUUUUUUAAAGCAUAAUUCUCAGUAUAUUCUCAUUUUUG